UGCGCUGUUCUAAUUGAUAAAAGAUAAAAAUAAAGAGCGGUACUAAAGAAUUUGCGCUGCGAGUGAUUUGCCGGCAGCGUGCCGUGGCCACAACCACAGCCAUAGCUAUAGCUACAGUCAGAGCCAUAGCUUGAUCGGAUGCAUCAUUCAUUCUCUUGUAAAUUCUUGUGGUGGAUGUGCGACGCGUGUAUUCAGCAUUUCAAGGCGAUUACAUAAAGAGACACGCGUAGAGAAAAAUCCCACAACGGUAUGCAGAAGACGAUUAAAAAGGAGUUGAGCUUCUCGCUGGAUACACUGGAGCGCUAUCGCGCCAAAUACGGACGCAGUGCAUCCUUGGAUACGAAUGGCCAGCUUACAGAGCAGUUGCCCAGAGAAAUGACAGCGGUGGCACCGACAGUGGUGUUUUCACCACCACCAGCACCACUUCCCUCUCUCUUCACAAAGAACAAAUCGCCACCGAAGAUGACGAAACUGCAGGAACUGCAACAGAAGAAGGAGGCGUAUUUGCGAGCCCGAGAGCAUGAGAAGGAGAUGGCGCAGCUAACAGAGAAACAGCAGGCAAUGAAUGGCAGUGCCAGAAGCAGCAGCGACGUAGCCACCGCCUCCACUCCCUCAACAGCCAGCACAGCCCACAAGAGCAGCGAGAGUGCCGCCAACACCUCCACCACCACCAAGACCACCUCGACCACGAACUCUCAAUCGACCACCUCUCUUGUGGCCAGCAAGUGCUCCGGUUGCUACACCAACUGGUCCAACAACCACACAUCGCUCUCCUCUCAGCCCUGGUGUGCCAUCAGCGAUCUCAUGUAUUUCUGCGACAAAUACGAAUUCAAGACGCUGAGCACACGGGACCUGAGGACGCACCAGGAGAUUGUGGCCGAGGUGCGUUCGUUGCUCUCGGGGAAGGCGCCCUUCGACCAGCGCACUCGCUUUCCCGGCAACAUACACGAUCCGGAGAACCUGUGGGUGUGCAUCGGUCGUUGCGCCAGCGUUGAAUACCACCUGCAGCGCAUCAUCAGCGUCUUCCGGAAGCCGCUCAACCAAUUGACGCCCGACAAGCAGCGUGCAGUGCGACAGAACUUCCAUCUGGCAGUCAGUGAGCUGCGACUGGAUAUAUCGGCUCGCAUUAGCGAGGUGCGACUGUACGAUCGUCUGGUGUUUGAGCGCGAAUUUCGGCUUGAGUGGCAGGAUGAGGCCUGAGCCCAGCACCCUGUUUGGAGAGGCAGCACAUUGAGACGGCACAGUUGCAAGCUUAACAACAAAUGGACAAACAUUUAUUUUUGCCAAAUUUUGAAUUCACAUAUCGCUCUGUCUUUGGUGCAGUGAAAAACGUUUACAAAAAUACACGCAGGACUUCUCAAAUA